UUACUUCUGAUCUACGACCGUAUGUCCUCUAAAUCAGGAGCAACAUUUUAUUUCAGUCAAACCAUAGAUCUAAUAUUAAGAGACAAACUCACUGCAUUCCUGUUUCCGGAAAUUAGUGCCACGUCGUAACAACACUGAACUCUGCGCUCAGCUGUUUCGUUUGAGCUGGCGACGUGGAACUGGCAAACUAACGGAGGAAGCGAUACUGCUAGCUGUCUAUCUGGACAAAAUUAGACGAAAACGUUGUGAACCGGGGUUGUCAUGGGGGGAUCACAAAGUGUCGAGAUACCGGGAGGAGGAUCUGAAGGCUACCAUGUUCUUCGGGUUCAAGAGAAUUCGCCUGGACACAGAGCAGGGCUCGAGCCCUUCUUUGACUUCAUCGUCUCCAUCAACGACACUAGACUGAACAAAGAUAAUGACACACUGAAGGACCUGCUGAAGGCCAGUGUUGAGAAGCCAGUCAGGAUGUUGGUCUAUUCCUCCAAGACCUUGGAGUUGAGGGAGUCCACCGUUACCCCUAGCAACAUGUGGGGAGGCCAAGGUCUGCUGGGCGUUUCCAUUCGCUUCUGCAGCUUCGAGGGAGCCAAUGAGAAUGUCUGGCAUGUGCUGGAGGUGGAGCCUAACUCUCCCGCAUCCCUGGCCGGCUUGCGGCCGCACACUGAUUACAUCAUAGGAGCUGACACGGUCAUGAAUGAGUCAGAGGACCUGUUCUCUCUGAUAGAGACCCAUGAGGGUAAAGGCUUGAAGCUCUAUGUGUACAACACUGAUACAGACAAUUGCAGAGAGGUGGUCAUCACACCCAACAGUGCUUGGGCAGGGGAGGGCAGUCUGGGAUGUGGAAUUGGGUACGGAUAUCUGCACAGGAUUCCCACCAGGCCGUUUGAGGAAGGGAAAAAGAUCAGCUUCCCUGGUCACAUUCCCAGUGAGCCGGUCAGCCCGCUGAAGGAUGGAUUCACUGAGGUUCAACUGUCUGCUGUAACACCUCCUUCUGCACUUCCCACGGGCCUGGAAGAUUCUCUUUCUGGCCUGUCAAUCAGUUCAGCUCCGUCCACCAUUCCAAGUGAGCUUCAGACAGGUCUCCCCACCAUUCCCCUGCUGCCCACAUCCACCAGCCCCUCCCUGAGCCCCCUCACCUCAUUGAACCCUGCAUCAACCACCUUCAACCCUGGCACCACGCUACCAGGUCUGAUGCCUCUCCCAGGUGGCCUGCCCCCCCUCAACUUCACGCUACCAGACCUCAGCACAAUGUCACUAGCUGGCAUCGGUGGGUUACCCCCACCUGGAACUACAGCUUUCCCUCCGCUGGGCCCACUCCCACCCUUAAACCUGCCUGGCCUGGCCCCUCUGCCCACCUUGCCUUCCGUACUGCCUUCCCAUCUCCCUCUCCUGCCACAGGGGGUAGCCUUCACCCCGUCAGCAGUCACACUACCCUCAGCAGCAGCCGCAUCAGUUCCCAUCCCUGAUUCCACAGUUACUGUAACAGCGCCCUCUAGUGACCUCAGUGCAGAGGUCUGCCACCACACCCCCACAGAGCCAGCGGUGGCCUCAGAAACAGUUCCCACGGAUACCACGGAGUCACCGGCCACCACGGAAACGACAGCAGCGUCCUCGUAACACAGGAAAGAAGUUACACUAUACAUACCGUUUUAUCCCUCUGUAUUUUUCCUCUGGGUUUUCUGUUUGUCUCCUCCUCUCAUAUUUAUUUAGCCAGGAUGGACAGAAGGCAGGUCUAUUCAAGAGGCAAUAGGGUCAUCCAACAUGCUGCACAGUAUGAGUUUCUUACUGAGUCAUUUCAGAACUAUAGCUGAAGAUAGCCUAUUGUCCCACUCAGCAGAAAGUUUAGGUGGAGUCUUCAUCACAUGACUGACUACUGUCUGGGUCCUACACACCUGCCAACACAGAGAUGGGAUAAGAUGAAAUAGGGGCUUUUCUUUCAUAAUUUUUUUUUUUUUAUUGUGCUUUACCUUUUUUUUUUGUAUAACACCCACCUACUUGUAGAUCAUAACCAUUAGAUUAUCUUAGGCCUUCCAAUGUUAAUUUUGCUCAAUGGCUUUAUGAUUGUUUCUGUUAUGAACGAAUCUGCAUUGUUUUGCACCACAUUUGUGUUAUGAAAUGAUUAGGCAUGUUUGUCCCCAUGUAUGUCUAUGCACCAUAAUUCUGAACCAACUUCAAACACUUUUCUCUGCCGUGUGGGAAUGGUGGUCAGUAGAUGACCAGGCUACAGAGGACAAAAUUACACAAUGGUGAUUCGAUUAUAGUCUUAGGUGAUGGCAUUAAAGAUGGCAAGUUGAGAGUUGUGGCGGGGUUCUUGAGAGCUAGACGGUAAAAUAUUGUCUCCUCAUGCAUGACUGAAACGGAAGACUGAUACUGUACAGCCACAAGAUGUCGCUGUGUAACAACUAUCUCUUAACAUGUACCAGCAAUAAAAUCAAUGGAAUUUUACGUUA